AUGUUUGUCACAGCCCUUGUUAUUGCAAAAUUGACUGAUUUGGGAAUUAAAAAUGGAAUUGUUACUGUUACUGCUGCCAGAAAAAUUGUUAACACAAUUAGUUCACUUGGUAGUACAGCUGUGAUUGUGAUCGCUCCAUAUGUGGAUUCUAACAAAACCAUCAUCAUGACUAGCUUUUCACUAUGUUUUGUUUUCAAAGGAUUGUACUAUCCUGGUAUUAAGACAAAUAUUCUGGACCUUUCGCCAAAUUAUGCAGGAAUUCUUUCUGGUAUAACCAAUGGUAUUGGUUCCACAAUGGGAAUUCUAGGACCGAUUCUUACAGGAUAUUUAAUAUCAAACAAUUCUGGACGAGUAUGGUCAAUAGUAUUUUCUGUAACUGGAAUUUUUUUAUCGGUGACAUCGUUAUUUUAUUUGAUUUUCGGAUCUGGAAAACUUCAACGAUGGAAUAAUGAAAAAGAAGUUAAUAUACGAAGAACGUCCAGCCAUACCGAUAAAAUUGAAUUGGAAACUAAAUAA